AUGAGAGUUCAUAGAGUUACCAAAUUUGAUGUACUCCAAAUGCAUGUCGUGGAUUACUUGGUCAGUUAUGGAUUUCUGGCCAGUUUGGUCCUUUUAUCCAGCGACUUGUGUUGUGGCUCCGGAUCCAGGGCGAGAAAUAUUACCUCGACUGUUGCCAGACAGAUCCGUUCGAUUGGGUUCCCAGAUGGAAGUGCAGCGGGGAUAUUCUUCGCUAUUGGCAUUCCGCUUGAGAUUCCGGACAAGUCUGUGACUUUUUCCUUUUACUUCGAGGCGAACUACGGCUUACCCAACUCGAGCGAUUACUACUAUUACGGUGAUUACUGGAAGAAGAGACGCUUGGACAGAAGUUUGACUUACGAGAUCGUCGAAAGUAAAUUUAAGAGUGCAGGAUUCCCGGGAAGGUCGUGCUUACUCCGAACUAUUUGCGAAAUUACCAAAAACCCCAUUUUGGAAAAUGGUUUGGUCGGCGACAUUCUGCGUAUCAUUUUCACUCCGUCUUCUUCCAAGGAUGAAAAUCUGCCGUCAGAUAUAAACGAGGCAGAACAUACGGAAGAUUGUCUCGAUCGUUUCCAGGGAUGUCCCAUAAAUCUUCUUGACCACAUAAGCAUUUGAUAAUGAAAAGUAAUAUCAGCGGAUGA